AUGUCGUACAAUUACAAUCUGUUGGUGGAGCUAUACAAAAAAGAAAAACAAUUCCAAAAGGUUUACACGGAAUUUCGGCCGAAUUUAAAAGGUUAGUACCGAGUCGAUGUUUUCGAUAAAACGUGUAGCCGAUUAGUGACGGACGACUACGUUUUCCAGUGUCACCGGUAACCGGGAAGUUCUACGCCCGUCACGAAGCGAACGCCAACCAAGGCGAACCGAAUUAUCAUUACGUGAAACUAUUGGCACAGGUCAAAUCGCUAGGACCGAAAAACAAAUUUCCUUCUCCGGUGACCGAAAAUCAAAGGUAAAUAGUAACUUUUUUUUGUUAUAUUUGGCCUUCUGGAAUCGAUUUCUUAUUACUGUUAUAUUCCGUCGAAUACACGUGCUUUAAAAUUAAACGGUAAACGGUAAUACAUAUAAUUCAGUUCAAUAAUUUUAAAAUGAUAAAAAAAAUGUAUAUACGCCGUCAUAAUAAACGUACACUAUAAUUGAUAAUCAUACAUUUUGUUGUGUCUUGAGUUUCUUGUUGUUGUUUUUUUAUUUUUAUGUAAAAUAUCGGUAAUAAUGAUAUUGAUUCGCGACGGUUUUUUUUUUCAGGUACGGUUGGUACGAAACGACAUUGAUUCCGAUGUCAGAAAACCAACUGCACUACCCGCAUAUAGACGCGCCGGAAAUAAAAUUAGACCUCAUAUUAAAAGAGAAUUAUAAAAACGAAGUGCCAUUUACCGGAGUACCGUUUAAAUGAAAUAAACCACGCGAUUAUGGAAUAAAACUGAC